AUGGACAAGCUUCCCUCACCACCCGCCGCUGCCCCGAGCGCCCUUCCGAGCGUUCCCGUCAUGCCUCCCCUUCCGCCUCUCGCGGGAGCAGGAUCUCCAUCAGAGCCCAUCGCUCCUGCCGAAACUCACAAAGAAGCGCCUCCAAGCUUCUGGCGGCGAGUGCUGGAUCACGGCCCACUGCCCUACCCGGGCAAAUUCGAUGAUCUCUCCAAGGAAAGCAAGGGAAUUCUGGACUCGAGGGAGAACUUUGAUGGAUUCAACUUUGAUGUCUCACGCACCAUCACGGCCAACUUCGAUAUGACCCACGCCAUCCACUUUGGAUCGCAGACCGAGCCGCCCUCCUACAACUUUAUGACACGCUACUUCUCUCCCACCGGGAUGUUCCUCGACGGCAAGCUCAGCCCCGGUCCCAUGCUGCUCAACGGCACGGUGCAGGGCCGCAUCGCCUUCCCCCUCAAAACCUGGUACCGAACCACUCCGGGCGGAAGGAGCAAGCCCGUCUCCAAACUCUCUCUCCGCCUCACCGGCGUCGUGGGCAAGCCGUCGGCGAAGCCCAUCCCGCCGCAGUUCAACAUGGAGCUGGACAUGAAGGGGUCGGACUACCAGGCGCAGUUCAAGUGGCACAACCCGGGCAUGUACGAGCUGUCCUACGCGCAGAGCGUGCACCCGAACGUGGCGCUGGGCCUCCACGGCCUCUUCGACUCGCGCAUGGGGCGGACGGAGCUCACCGCGGCCGGGCGCGUCGCGUGGAACGGACGAAAGUGCAUCGCCACGGCCUCGAUGGCCUCCUACGGCCACCUGACGAGCUCCUACACGCAGGUGAUGGAAGACGGGCGCAAGUCGUGGAGCACGGACAUGCAGCUCAUCCACCUCGAGGACCACGGCGUGUGGGAGGCGGUCUACUCGGCGGGCUACGCCUACAACCUCCUCCAGUCCCGCGUGCGCGGCCGCGUCGACUCGAACUGGUGCUGCUCGGCCAUCCUCGAGGAGAAGGUGCUCGACACCGUCACCCUCCUCAUCUGCGGCGACAUGAACUACGCCAAGGACGUGUACAAGGUGGGCUUUGGCUUCUCCUUCCACUUGUGA